ACUAUUUUUCAUUAUGGAAGAAAGGACGCCAGUGGUGAUAGGGCAGCAACCGUGCGCCAGGAUCCUCUCACUUUUAUUACGAAUUUCGUAUAAAUAUGAAAGAAUCAUGACGCUAAGCAAUCAGAUCCUGCGGUUACGCUGUCAGUAUGCCCCACUGCAUGAAACAGAAUUCUUAGACCUGUCAAAUCUUGGGUUAGUGAUUCCAGAAAGAUUAGCCUCUUGUCCAAAACUUCGCAGCUUAAUUUUGCAAGGAAUUAAACUCCAAGAAGCAGCUGGCCUUGAUUGCUGCAAGCAGCUGUGGUACCUGGAUCUUAGCAACAAUCUGUUGGAGAGUCUUGAAGGACUUGCUCAGUUCUUGGCACUGGGCACACUUAUUUUGUCAAACAACAACUUGGACUGGUCUGCCUUGGCUAGCAUUCGUCACAUGCAUAUUCUUAGCAUUAGUCUCCAUGGCAACCCGCUGCUGGAAAAGGACCCCUAUUAUCGAAUUCAUGUGAUAGACUGCCUGCCCAAUGUUUGGAUGCUAGAUGGGAGGAUAGUUACCUCAGCAGAACGCAUCAAGAUCAAGCAUUUUUUUCAAGACUCAGCUUUGUCAAAAAGACCUGUGAGACGAAAACUAAAAAAGAAUGGAUUCAUCCCAAGCGACAUGAAGAAUAUUAACAUCAGUGGCAUUUUUGGUGACAAGGCUGUUCAGCUGAUGACAUCAUUUCCCAACAAUGCAGUGCUGAACAUAGAAACAGACAAGAAGCGUUUGCUUUACCUGGCCCAGAACAUUCAAGAGGACAUUAAUUUGGAACAUCGUUACAUAUCUAGCAGAUGCCCUGCAGGCCAUGUGCAAAAGCAAACACUUCUGUUGGAUGCUCUUGAAGCACGGCUGAAUAACAGAGCACAGGGCAACAUGUUGCUACUUCUUUUAGUGGCUUCUUUGGAGUUUAUUCUACCUACUCGUCUGGUGAAAGAAACAUUAAAAAAAAACUAUGUGCUCAGCAGUAGGCAAAGGUCAUUUCAAGCAAUGGACUUGUUCUUAUUGCCAAAGAUUUUUCGGUGCAGAGUGGCAUCCCUCCUUUUUAGUGCACUAAAAGUUGACUGGGAUGAGAAUGAGUAUAGCAAUCUGUGUCCACAACUUUUCCUAUGUCUCUACCACAUCACACAGCAGUUGACCAAAUUUAAUGAGACCACGAACUAUCCUGUCCUGAAAAGUACAUCUAAGUCCCAUUUCCAAUUGCAUGACUACAAACGCAUGCUGGCAUUGCAAGUGGUGCAAAUGAUGUAUAAUACACCAGUCUUUUUUGACUUCCUGGCUGAUGAUGUUGGUGUUUUGAAUCUAGUGAAAUUUGCAGUAGGGGACAGUGAUUUUGUUGACAAGUUCAUUGAAGUUCAUAAACUAAGUGAAAGAUCCUCAACAUCUGGGACGUUGCAGGAGACAUUGCAUGGAAGGCCUGCCAACCUCUGGUCGAAGGUGCAUGAGCAACUUCAAGCAUUGACCAACAAAAACGCCUGGUUGUCUGCCUGUGACAGAAUAUUGUGUAAAUCUGGCGCUUUGCCAAUGAAAGAAGAGGCCUCAUCAGUUCGCAAAGCUGAAUACCUUAUUAGAGGUGCAACUAUACCAGACGACAGGCCUCCGUCCAUCAAUCCCCACAAGAUAUCUCCUAAAGUCCAUAGCAGAGUUCCAUGCUUGGGUGAUGCCAUACUUUUAGGUCCACAGACAGUGGGGAAAAUUCUGACCAUUCCACAGUCUACUAUGGCUCUUGUCCUCAUAGAUGCUGUUCCAGUAUUUCAAACAGUGGCCUCAGGAGCUGUGGAGCACAAGCUGAAAAAAUCUGAUAGGCACUUUGCUUAUGUGAAUAUUCAACAUGUGGAAUGGGAAAAUGGGCUUGGCAUGUGGAGACCACUAGACAUAUUCUGUGACGAGAUAACUACCAUGGCUGCCAUAAACAAUUUUGAAGAAUCUGGUCAAGAUGAUGAUCUGCCAGCUUCAAUCAGUUGCCAAGAAACACCCAGAAAGCAGUCUCUUAGAUCGCUUAUUUACUGUAAUCGUCAUAGUCUGGGCACACCAGCAGUCUUACCUGGAAAAAGCAAGAAAACUCUGCACCCACGUCCUGCAACAUCAGGCUGUAAGAAGCUCAAUAUUGUUCAUCACGUAAGUAGGCGGGUACAGUCAGCAUCACCCUCAACAUCCUGCAAAAGGCACAUUCAGACAUCAAAAUGUGCUUUUUUGCACAUCACAUCAGCAGAAAUGAAGGUUGCAACUACAGUCCCUGAUGAAAAGAUUUAUACUAAGCUGUUUGAGAAGACAGAGGAAAAUGGGACAUUAAUAACUGCAGAGGGUCUUGGUGAUAUAAAUAGCAUUCCAAAGACAACCUCAGUUGUUGCCUCUGUGGACUUAAGAAGCCUGGAAGGACAAUUAGCUGAUGAAUAUGAUCCAAAAGACCACACCUCACUGGACAAAGGCACAGAUACUGUCAGAAAUGUCAUCUCUGGAAUAAAUACAGAAUCACAAAGAGGAGACGAUAAAAACACUGAAGAAAAUGAACAAGCCAGAAUUCCAUACAACAUCUCCUAAACCCAAUGCCAUUUUUAUCACUUCAGAGCAUGAAGAAGAAAUAAAAGGCAAAGAAGAUGGAAAAGACAAUGAUGCUCAGAAAGUGCAGAGGAUGCCGGAAACUAUCAGCACCCAACCAGAGUCAGAGAUGCAUCUUGACUUUUAUUCUGCAUUUGAGCAGCAGAGAAUCAAUGCC